CUAUGUGCAUACACAUUUCUAAUGUGACACACGGUAUUGUGAAAAUACUGUACUGACUGUAUAUGCUUGGAUAUAUUGAAAUAUGUGAUUGUGAAUGGAUGUUUGUUUACCAAGCUUACUGUAAAGACUGUUAAAAUGUACAUAUCAUGUAAACAAACAAAAUGUAAAAUGUUUAUCUUUUGUGAAUGCAACAUACUGUGUUGAUUUUGGAUAUGAUGUUGAAUAUUUUGGAAGGAUUAGAAAUAAUGCUUCCAAAUAAUAAUUCUUUUUAUCUACUUAAUCCGUAUAUAUGUUCUUUGUUUGUGUUUAUUUUUUCAGUUCGCUUGCUUCUUUCAGUUGUCCAUUGUGGUAAACUGGGACAUUGCCCAUAGUUAUUUCAGAAACAAGAGAUUUGACUGUCUGUUCCUCUGAUCCUUUCUCAUUUUAAGCCUCUUCUCUAGUAGAUUCACUUCGUUAUCAGACAAGCUUUUAUGUCUGCUGAACGCUGCAGAGAAGCCUGGUUCACUGUGUGAAGGGGUGGAAAUGGUGGUGGUGAUGAUGCUAGUGCUGGUGGAUGGGGUUUGUGUUGGCACGCAGUUCUGCUCCAUUUCCUUGAUUAAACUGGCAGCCAGUAGGGGAGUCGCGGCUGUUCAGGCAGAGGAAUGAGAUCUGACCACGCCUUGGCAUCUUCACUAUGCUGCCGACUACUACUAGCCGUCCAUUUUAUACCAUUAUAUGAGCCGAUGAGCGCCAGUUUGUCUGUAUCGUGUAGACAGGCAGCAGCAGUGUGCAGUCCCGGCGAUGACAAUAUAGGCCUUGCUGCAGCUUCAUACGGGGAAUGAAAACGCGCAUAAGAUGGCCCGCAUCGCCAAGGCUCUGGGUUUGGUGAUUCUGUGUGUCGCUGUGCUCAUACUGUCGCUCAUCAGCUAUGUCUCUCUGAGGAAAGACAGCUUCUUCACUUCCUCUAAAUAUGAUAUGGGAGGUCCUAGGAUUAUGUUUCACGCAGGAUUUCGGUCUCAGUAUGCCAUGAAUUUUCUGAACCCCUCCUUCAUCCCUUUAACCAACGCCCUAAAUGAGGAGCUCCAAGGAAAGCCGUAUAAAUGGAAGUUCAACAAGACUGCUUUUUAUCAACAGAGGAAAGAUAUCUUCAGCUUUAUCGACAUUCCCAAGAACUUCUCCCUCACAAAGAACAGCGUGCAAGUUGGCCAGCUGAUGCACUUCGACUACUCCAGCCACAAAUAUGUCUUCUCCAUCAGCAACAGCUUCAAAUCCCUGCUCCCAGACACCUCUCCUAUCCUUAACAAGCACUACAGUAUGUGUGCUGUGGUAGGGAACAGCGGCAUCCUGACAGGUAGCCACUGCGGCCCAGAAAUCGACCAGGCUGACUUUGUCUUCCGCUGCAACUUUGCCCCCACAGAGGUCUACUUCAAGGAUGUGGGAAGGAAGACCAACCUGACCACCUUCAACCCCAGCAUCCUGGAGAGGUACUACAAUAACCUGCUGACCAUUCAAGACAGGAAUAAUUUCUUCCUCAGCCUGAAGAAGCUGGAGGGAGCCAUCCUGUGGAUCCCUGCCUUCUUCCUCCAUACCUCAGCCACAGUAACCAGGACCCUGGUGGACUUCUUUGUGGAGCACAAGGGCCAACUGAAGGUGGACCUGGCCUGGCCAGGAAAUAUCAUGCAUAAUAUUAACAAAUACUGGAAGACUAAAAGCCUCUCUCCCAAACGUCUCAGCACUGGAAUCCUCAUGUACACACUGGCCACCGCUAUGUGUGAUGAGGUCCAUCUCUAUGGAUUCUGGCCCUUCGGUUGGGACCCCAACACAGGCAAGGAGCUGCCUUAUCACUACUAUGACAAGAAAGGGACCAAAUUCACCACCAAGUGGCAGGAAGCCCACCAGCUUCCCAGCGAGUUCAAGCUUCUCUACAAGCUGUAUAAGGAAGGUGUGACCAAACUCAGCCUGACGCACUGCCCAGCGUAGACAUACAAUGAGUGUUGGAUGGUUUAAGUGGUGACUCCAGAGACUGUGAUCCAGAUCCAUCAGCUCACUUCAGUUGUGAUGCACAGUGCAUGAUAAGUGUUAUAGCAAUUUAUGAAGCCCUCAUUCUACAAACACAUACAUCACACAGUAAUUUUACUCAUUGGGUAUAUUGUUGUGUUCAGUACUACAGUUAGGACUUUUAUGCUGCUCAGUUGAUUCCAUUAUUCUCUUUUGCAUGGCUGCUGGCUGUGGAUAAACAGCUCAAACAAAACAAAUGUCUAUUUUAAUUGGAGUCCGCAGGGGAUGCGGCUGCGGAAACACAAAUAGUUAAAUCUUCCAGUUCUAUUUAAUACAGUAUUGAUUGAUUAAUCGCCUUUUACAACAGUAUCCUGAUUCUAUACACUGAAAUCACUGCCUAAUCUCAGGGAAGGAGUUAGAUCAGUGUUUUUUGUAAUCAGAUUCAAUGCCUCAUGAGAGGUGCAGCUCCUGUUUUUAGGCCUUCUCCCCUGAUGAGGUGUUAGACAAUCUGCUCUGGAAGAUGGUAUUUGUUUACAAUACUGUUCUCUAAAUAUGUAUAUUAAGUACUUGUGUGCCAUUUUUUUCUGUACACAGUGUGACUGUCCUCUUCACGUUUUUGGAAUAAUGUUCAACAUUCCAACAAUAAGCCAUAAAUUCAUGGACAGAACAUUGUCAUUACAAUACAGGAUUUUAGAAAGCAGUAUCAGCCUACAUUAGGUUCUGAGAUUGUAAGACAUUUGAAAGUACUUCCAACCACAAUACAAGUCUAUAUCCAUUCUAAUGGCUAAAUUUGAGUCAGAUUUUCUUGAUUUUUAAAAUUAAAUAAAUAAACACCUGCCAAUCUUUGAAAAACAAAAAAUGUCUUUAAACGUGUAUUGCUGUUCUCAAGGUCGUCUUGUUCCAGAAUCCUCAAACCAUCUAGACCAAAAAUAUUUAGUCCCCAGCAUGAUAAAAAUACUUUUUUUUUUAAUCCACUUCUCAAGUUGCUACUCUAUUUCCUGACAUAUAUCCUUGCUCUUUUACAACACAAGAGAAACAAUGACACAUUAUUUAGUUUGAAAAAAUAAAAGUAAGUUUGGCCCAUGUACAGUAUAAAUUGAGCAAUGACAUUUUUUGCAUUUGUCAAAAAAUUGCAGAGUAUUUAAUUUUCAGAAAAUCAGCUGCUUAGUUCUGUGUCUCAAAAGUAAUGGUAAUACAGUACAUGUGGAUCACAAAAUGGGGCCAAUGCUGCACUGGAAUAUUUGUAAAAUCCAUUAGUUUGUAUGUCAAGUUAGUUUUCAACUUCAUGGUGAUGACAAGUGUUCAGGAAGUCACUGCUCCUGGGCAGGAAAACCACAAAUUGUCAUUUUUACAGAACUUUUUUGUACAGAUUAAAGAAAUAAAGAUGUAUUGAAAUUUGCAUUUAGAGGUGCUUGUUGAUGGAAAUUGUUAGCCUAUCGUUGGACAGAGCCAGGCUAGCUGUUUUCAGCUGCUGGUGUCUGAACUUCAGGCAUGUGACUGAUAUUGAUCUUCAAGACAAUGGAUCAAGGUUCCCAAACUGUUUUUCCAUCAAAGUAUAUUUUAGCUAGUACAGUCAUUAUGCUGUACAACUUCCAAAAGUAAGUAAGUAAGUUAGCUAGGACUUCGUUACACAUAUUCAAGCAGUUUACCAUGAGUGGGAAAUACUUAUUUGGCCACUUAGUGCAACAUUACCAAUAUAACAUCUUGUUUUUUGAAUGAUAUUGUACUGAGUUUACAUUUUUACACAGUUUGACAACUAAUCAAAUUCCCUAUUAUCUCUUUCACUCUUCAGUCUAAACAGGUCAUACAUUAGCAAGCUAAUGUUAGCUUUUUCAGUUAGUUUUAUUAGCUGCAGUUGUAGCAGGUGUAGGCCUAUAUAUAAUAUUUAACAGAAGUAGUUUGUGUCCUAAAACCUGUUCUAAUUUAGUAAUGCUUAAAUCUCCACUUAGGUAACACAAACUAGAUUUUAACUAAGCUUAAAAGAAAUACUUUUGGAUCAAUGAAAAAUGGAGGGAAAAUUUCACAAUUCUUACUAAUGGGGCAAAAAUCUUGUAACCUUAAUCACUGCGAUAGAAUGACCAAAGUAUCAGAAAAUAGUUUCUUAUAGUUUCUUCAAUUAUUUAAUAUUCACCUACAGGUGACUUUCAGGUUUACCACUAUUUCAGUAGCAAAAAUAAUAAAGAAGAGAAUAUACUAUUUAAUAUAGAGCUUUUUUUGAUGAGGGAAAAUUAUUUAUUCAUCACGUAGCCAUAUCAAUUCCAAUAUUUGUCAGAUAAGACAGAGAAAUGAAUGAAUGAUAUAUAACUUGCUGCAUCUUGUAUAAAGAGCAUGGUUCAUUUAAGUGACAUUGCAUGCAAGGCACUACCAAAUCUUUUAGGCUAGUUUUAUACAAGCUUUUUGAUGAUUGUUUUGAGGGUAAACUUUAGUUCUUUGCUAUUGUUUGUAUUUCUGAUAGUGUAUUCCUUAAGAAUAUCACCAGUGUCUUUGUAUGAGAGAUGUUAAUUGAAGGAUAAAAAGAAACCUACUGCUAUAUUCCACAUGGGACCAAACCUCUACAGAUAAAUUUAAAGAUGAACAAGCUUUAUUUUUUAUAACUGUCGAUAAUCUUUUGGUUCUCAAAAACAGUCUGCUCCAUGCACCAGACUGAAGCAGUCUGGGGUUGAGGAGACUUGGUUCAAAUAGUUAAAGCUGGCCACAUGACCAACUCAUGACUUCGCAACAUGCGCUGAGGUUUAGUACACAGAGAAAUGCAACCAUUCACAUCAGAUGCAGUGUGUGGUUCUGUGCUCAUUCACAUUUAGUGUGGCAGGCAUUUGCUUGCUGUCCUGUCCCACCCAAAAGUGUUUUUUUGGUUUGUUUCCUUAGGCAACAUUUAAGAUUACUGUAGGUUUCGCCUCAAGUCACAGUGCAGUUACCACAACAACCAUGAAAACGUAUGUGAUGAAGAAGUUAGGGCAGUUAAUUGAUGUCAUACUUUAGAUGUGUUCAUUUAAGAAUCAUUUCUGUAGCCUAUAUUAUUCGGAAUAUUUUGUACGUACACCAAAGACCACGUGUUCAAAGGACGGUUACAUUAGCAGAUUGGCCUGGGGGUUUUGGAAGCUGUAUGAAAGCUAACAAACAUUAUUGUAGAAAAAACAGAAUAUUCUUUUGUCUAUCGUUAAAAUUUAUGUUGAUUAUCUUAAAAAUUAUUUAAAACGUAGGCUUUAGGAAUUCACAAAAAUAGCUUGUUUGUGUUUUCCUCAUGGAAAUGUGUGUUAGACAGCCAAAGUAAUGUGAUGAGACUUAUUUGUGACUCCAUGAAUGUUGUCGUUGGUUGAUUUGUUUGAGAAAUCCGGUGAUGCCGACAUUAAAAAGUUUCUCUUAAUUUUCAGUCAGUGUGUAGAAUGUGUGAACACAAUAAUGGCACUAACAACGUUUCUGAAGAAUGUAAUUAGACUUAGAAUAACAGCUUAGCUUUUUUGUGUAGUGUAUUUAAUUUACCAGAGAGUGACAUACAUUACCUAAACAUAAUAUGUUUUUAUUGCAAAUGCUGCAAUAUACAGGAUUUGUUCCAAAAACCCUUUAA